UUUCAGACGACUAGAAUGGCAGACUAUCACAACACGGAAGAACUUAUUUCCGUAGUAGGGAAGAGGCCUGUCCUGUGGGAUCCUACGACCGAAGAAUAUAAAAACAGGAACAAGAAAGCAGAUGCAUGGAUAGAAGUUUGGCGCUCGAUUUAUCUGGAUUAUGAAGAGAAAUCUGCAGAAGAAAAGAAACAAAUUGGAAAGGAACUGCAAAUUCGUUGGAAGAGCAUCCGAGACGCUUAUGUAAGGAAUUCCAGGAAAUUGAAAGAUGAAAGUAAAUCAGGAUCUGGAGCUGUGAAGACACACCGUUACAUUUUUGCUGAACAACUGUCCUUUCUCAGGAAUGUAGGUGAAAACAGAGAAACCACGGACACUUUCGUUCCAACCCAUGAAACAGAGGAUGGAGCUGAAGAUGCAUGUCAAAACCUGUCAGCAACACAGCAAAAUCCAAGCGCUAAGUCCAAGAAAAAGAAAAGUAAUUUACUUGAGGAGAAACUUAUAAAGUUUAUGGAUGGUUAUGAAGAAAAAGAAGAUGACGACAAGGAUUUUUUCAUGUCAAUGUUACCGUCAGUGCGAACACUGAACAGUGAACAAAAGAUUGAAUUCAGAAUGGAAGUACUGGCUGCGCUGAAGAACAUCAGAUCCGGACACCGUGGGCACACAAGGGUACAAGACUCUCAUCCCCUUCCACUUGUGCUCCCACCUGUACAGAGUCAAUACCCUCAUUAUGCACAGUAUCCCUCGUCUGCAAUGACACACCCUCAUUUCUUUGGACCUUCAGCAGCAACAAACAUACAUCCACAUGCAGUGAACACUCAAGAAAAUCGUGCACAAGUCCAACCAGUAGCACCCUCACCUGCUAACUUGUCAGUACCCUCUCCAGCAUCAAACACCUCAAACACUGACAAUUCAGUAAUUUCACUGAGUGAUUUUGACAUUUAAUAAAAGAAAUGUAAUACACAAAUUACUUAGAGGAAUGUUUUUAUUCAUACAGUAGUUAAAAUACCAUGCAGUUUACUUUAUUAAAAAUAAAAAGGAGGAAAAAUGUAAUGCAAUCUUUUUACAGUGGAAUACUUUUAUUUAUACGGUAGCUGAAAUACCAUAUAAUUUAUUUACUUCAGAAUAAAAAGGAAUAUUAAAACUAGUAUAUAUGUUGUGUACAUUAUCUUACCUGAUGCUUAAAGCCACUGCUUCUUCAGGUGG